CUAACCACUGGUUAUCACUCCUACACUGUCUGCAGGAUUUUCUGUCACUGUCUUUCCAUAAUACUGCAGCUAGUGUUCAUAGGACUGCAUGCUCACAACGAAUUGAGUAUGUCCCUUAGGACUGUACUGUAUCUCAGUUGCUUUUAUAGCUAAGAACCUUUUUCUAAUGAUGUAAACUAAGCUCUUCCUUACUCUCUGGCCAUUGUCCCUGGCUAUAUAUCAUCUGUAGAGGAUCUUCCUUUACAGACGUUACUUCCCAACAGUCCUUUCUGGACAGUGGCCACACUCUUCCUCCAUUACUGCCCCCCACAACCCUUCCUCAGUGCUUAGCAUUCAGCUGUCCUGUGGCUGCGUUGCCUUUUCCAAUACUGAGUCCCACUGUGCAGAGGUGAUGCUGCUGUUGUGAUGCAGCCUUAGUGCGUGAUAACAGGAAAGCAAGCCUGGCUGUUCUCAGGGACAGGUUUAAUGCCUUGUUAUGAGCCUGCUUAUAAAUGCAGAACUCCAGGGAAUCCCAUCAAAAGCAUGAAUGGAAAAGCAUGCUUAUCUCCUUUCUCUACUUCUUCCUCCCCCCACCUUUUGUUUUCAUGUCUCUGAAAGAAUCCUUCAUUUUGUAAGAAGACUUGGGUGUAAGUUUCCAGUUCCUUUUUUAAAGACAACGGUAGUUUGCAGGGACCUCUUCUUAAUUUGCUUUAUAUGUGGUGUCAUGUCAGCUGCUAAACAGAUUCUGAGACUGCCUGAUGUUAAACCUGGAUUCAGCUGAGAAACGAAAGAGGUCCUGCACCCUGGCCUCCUUACUAGCCCAUGGCUCACUCUUAGCAUUUUAUUUUUAUUGAACAAAACAGGGAGUUAACUAUGGUGUGGUUUUCCAUCUGUGCUUAUUCAUCCUCUCUUGUAACUCCCAACAUCAUUGUCUAAAGAAUUGCAGUGAUAGAUCACUUUCAACAGCCCUGUCUGUGUAAGGAGGGAGCACAUGAAGGGCAUGAUAUCCCAUCUCUCUGCCUAAGAUACUGUCACAUACAGAUACUUAAGAUCUGCAGUCUUCUGCAGAUAGUUCCCAUAUCUAGCAUCGAGUCUUGUGCUUUGCUGCUCAUUUACAGCGGUAAAAGUCUGGAGUGAUUAAGCUGUGUCUUAUUUCUCAUGGCCCUGAUGCUGGCCCCUGUACAGAAUAUGUAAUUUCCUUCCUCACUCAUGCUUCAGAAAUACACAGUCCACCGACAACACCUGCUUUGCUUACAGCACCUUCACUGGUGCAGCCAUCACAUGGCCACACGGAGAUGCCCAAGCAGAGGGGCAAGCGUCAAUGUACAGCAGAAGCCUCCAAUCCAAGUUGCGCUGCUUGAGGAAGGAAUAUCCAUCCCCUGUACAGUCAUCUUCCCUUAUAUGCCGAAAUACACCACAUUUUCAAUCUUCUAUUACUGGAUUAAUUCACUGGGCCACAAAACAUCCAUUUACAGUAAGUUGGAAAGUGUAACCAUCCCUCCUGGAGAAGAGAAUAAGACUGCUACUGUAUCUUACAAACACAUAAUCAGGCCCCUUGAAAACACCUCUUAUACUGGCACAUACUACUGUGACGUCAAAUGGAGUAACAUUCACAAGAUGGGAAAGGGAGUGUUUGUCCUUGCUAGAGGUACAGGGUACGUAGAGACCUCUUAUGGGUGGGAAGUCCUCAUUACCUUUACAGCUCUUCUUUCUGCAUUGAGCAUAGCCGCAACAGCUCUGCUUCUGUGGAAAAGAAAGGUGUUGUGCCCUAAAAGGAACCAGCUAAAUAUCCUGGGACAGAAGGUGGAAACCCAACCCCCUUCAGCCAUCCCACCACCACCAUCUCCUGUCUAUGACUGCCUGGACUUACAGCAAGUUGAUGUCUAUUCUAUCCUCAAGGACAAUGCAAACAACCUGUCACCCAGAAAGAGUCCUCCAGGGAAGACACCUAAGAAGCAAGCAACUCUAGAAGAAUCCUGUGAUACACUAUAUGAGAAUAUCUAACAGGAAUAAAUCUCACCCUGUGUGGACCAGACAUCUUUCUGUACUGCAGAACUACUGUCUUACAUUCCCAGUUCUCCGCAGAGAUCCACAAUGACUUCAGGGCACAACCAUGAGGGACUUGUGACCCCCUGGCUCCUUCUGAAGUGCCCUUCAUUAACAAGAGAAUGCAUCUGUUCAAAUCCCACUGGGCUCAGUCGGCAUUGAUGCAGCAGAGCUAUUUUGCAGCAAAGCCGUUUGAUGCAAAAGAAAAGCUGCUUUUGUCAAGCACUCACAACAUGUAUCUUAGAAAUGGUGCAGAUGGGAUCUGUGCAGAUUUCUCUCACCUGGAAUGGCUGAAAUACUUAAAUCUCAAUCCUCUGUAAAUGAUGGGACUAUCCGGAGACCUCCCUGUUUGCUUUCUUGAUCUUCCAAUCCUGAUCUGCAGCAGUCCAUCUGAUCCUGUGUCUACGACUUUUCUGACACGGUCAUCAGGCCUUCAUGCAUAGUUUAACCAAGAUCCAAGCAUCCACCUGCCCAUUUUUCCUUUCUCAGGAACCCCACAGUGAAACAUGCUUUCUCAUAAUCUGCUAAUCCCAUCAAGUAGUCACAGAUGCCUGCUGUGACCAUACUCAGCUGACUCAAAUCAGUGCCUCCAAGUAAAUGCUUUUGCCUCAGCAAUAACAGCAGUAUAUGAUGAGGACUGGAUGCACAGACAGAGAUAAAGAUGGAGAAUGGGAAAAUAGAGAAAAUAACCCUGCCUGGCAGAAAAUACCCGUCUCAGUGACAGUGCCCUUUCCAGAACAACGAAGAGAAACAAGGAGGUGGGCAUUUGCAGAAACUCCCUUGCUGGCACUGCAUAAACCAAGCAGGUCUGGGGCCAGGUUUCAGCCCAGAGACAUUCAAGCCGAGCUCCCCAGUUUCCUUCUUUUUGGCAGUGGGCAUUGUUAUCACUUGGGAUUUUGAGCCUCUGUGGGAGCAGGCAUGGUACCUCUGCCCCACGAAAGGCAAUAGGUUUGUCCUUGUUUCAGCUGGCCAGUAUUUCCCAACAAGGGUAUAAGUCUCCUUUACCCUGACUCCAUAGGUUAUUUACCCAGGCAGACCUGUUCUGAAACUUAGAGCAACUGGAGGGAGGCCCUAGAGGGGAAUCUUCUAUCCAAGCUUUUCUCUUUCCUGUCAGCUGGAACUUGCCUACCAUUUGUGCUUAUGCAUAUUCUAGUUCUGAUAGGGAAGAGGUUACAUGAAAUAUCCAUAUAACACGAUCAAAACAGUGGAUCAAAAAGCUGAGGCUGUUUUAUCUCAGAUUAAAAAAAACAACAACAGAAAAACAACUAACCAAAGCCAACCCCAAAUAAGAAUGUGCAGCAUAACUUGAGAGGAAUCAUAGAAACCUCUUUAAAGAAGAUCAAAUUAAAAUUGAGCUCCAGGGUCAUAGGACCCUCUCUAGUUGAAGAUAAUGUUGCUAUGCAUCAGAGAUAGAGGCUAUGGAAAAUGUCUUCGGGGCUUCUAGCCUUCCUAUACUAUGUUUAAAGAGAUAAUCCGCUUACUGCUUUGCUCUUUUUAUUAGAAGAAAUUUCAAACAUGCAAUUUGGACUUUCUUUAACCACAGGAAAAUGCUUUUUCUCUUCCCAGUGUUGAGGAAUUCAUUUCAGAAAGAGCAAUGAACAGACAGUGUGGCUUAUUAGACCCAUUUUCCAUUUGUUAAGUGAUCAUGACAAUUACAAAUAAAUAUUUUUGAAGUAAGGAAUUUUAGUGUUUCCUAAUACGACCAGAAAACAUCCAUAUUCACAGAAGAACUUCAAGAGGAUUGUUACAGGUAUUACAGUUCCUUUCCUUAACAAAUUUGAAGAAAUCAUGAGAUGAAUUAUAAAUAUGUUGCAGCAUGGCAAUAAAAUAUUCAGCACAAGCUGGUGGAAAAUAGAUAAAAAGUGAAAACUUUCAAAACAAUCCUGCUUAGUUUUUGUGUUUUGCUUUUUCAGUUUUACAAAUGCUAAAAAUACUGGGUGGUACUGGAAAUUUCCUGGCAAGGAUCUCACUUUGCAAUGAAUUGAUUUGUCUUGUCUUUCUGUUAUGUUUUUAAAUAGCGUGUUUCUUACACUUAUGCCUGAAAAAUUCUGUAUAUUAAGUAGCUGAAGCUGUUUAAAAUGAAACAUGAGAGGAAGAAUGGUAUUUGGAACAGAAAAGACUAUUCUGGAAGAGUCAGAGCUAAAGUACUGGAAGAAUCACACCAGGUUCUGAUCAAUUAAGUGGAAAAGU